CCAAUCAGAGGAGCCCAAUGGAUAUAACGUGUAGGAAAAAAAAAUUCGCUGCCAGGCAUAUAGCCACAGCGUAAUAAUAUAUCUUUCAUCCCAGCUAGUGCAGCUAGACGGUUAUCAUCAGAGGGUAGCGGACUCUCACACCGUGUUGCACCAAGCCGACGGUGCUUGGCAGCAUGGAGUGCGUAUGCAGUAACAGCCAGCCGGGCUGCGAGCAGGGACAGUGCACACAUAACAACAGCCAGCCGGCCUGCGAGCGGGAAGAGAGCACACAUAGCAACAGCCANNNGGCCUGCGAGCGGGAAGAGAGCACACAUAGCAACAGCCAUCCGGCCUGCGAACGGGAAGAGAGCACACAUAGCAACAGCCAUCCGGCCUGCGAGUGGGAGGAGAGCACACAUAGCAACAGCGAGCAGGGCUGCGAGUGGGAGGAGUGGACACAUAGCAACAGCGAGCAGGGAGAGUGCGGAGAGCAGAGCGGCGAUCAGCCUGCCGCGACAUCGCUACUGCAGCGAAUGACGAACACCGCGUGCGCCACCUACGAGGCGGCGCUGCUCGACUACGAACCGCUCCCCGCGACCACCGACCCCGUCUACCUGCUCGGGCGUCGCUACAGCGCCCUGUACGACGUCGAGGAGAUACACCGCGACGUCGGCGCGCGCGUCUGGGUGACGUACCGGCGCGGGUUCGCCGCGAUCGGCGGCGUCGGCCCGACGAGCGACACCGGCUGGGGAUGCAUGCUGCGCUGUGGGCAGAUGAUGCUCGCUCAGACGCUGCUGCUGCGCCACCUCGGCCGUGACGGCCACCGUGACCCCGGCGACCCCACCUACGCGCGCGUGCUCCGCAUGUUCGCCGACUGCAAGGCGGCGACUUACUCCAUCCAUCAGAUCUCGCAGAUGGGCGUCACGGAGGGCAAGCCGGUCGGCUCGUGGUUCGGUCCGAACACCGUCGCGCAGGUGUUGCGCAAGCUGGCGCCGUACGACGCGUGGAGCGGGCUCGCCGUGCACGUUGCCAUGGACAACAGCGUCAUCGUCGACGACAUCCGCGCGCUCUGCCUCGAGGGGGCGCCACCGGACGCGAACCGCGUCGCCACGGAGCCUUGCGGCCCCGCGGACUCGAAGCGGCUGAAGGACAGAGAGAACUAUAGUCGCGCGGGGCGCGGGCGGGAGCCGGAGCGCGGGCGGUGGAAGCCGCUCCUGCUGGUCGUGCCGCUGCGGCUGGGGCUGACUGAAAUCAACCCGUGCUAUGUUCGCAGCGUCAAGGAGUGCCUGGAGCUGCCGCAGACGGUCGGCAUCAUUGGUGGGAAGCCGAACCACGCCUACUACUUCCUAGGUACCGUGGGCGACCAGCUAUUAUACCUCGACCCUCACACGACACAGCCCGUCGUUGACCUUGACACGACAGACGAUGAAGGUCGUAUCGAUGACGGGAGCUACCACUGCAACCAUCAGCCGCAUGAAAACUUCGCCGACCUUGACCCUUCUGUGCGCGAUGGAUUCUACUUUGGCAGUGAAGGCGAAUUCGAUAGCUGGUGUCAGCAGGUACAGGACAAGAUCAUAGCUCCGGAGAAGCAGGCGAUGUUCGAGCUCGCGCAGCAGCGUCCCGCGCACUGGUUCGACUACCACGAGGCGAGCGGUGGCGCCACCUACGCCGACUACACGGUGCUCGACACCGAGAGGGUGUUCGACACCGAUGACGAGUUCGAGCUGCUAUAGAUAGAUGCGCGCCUGCGCUCGACAUUCUGCAUGCGCACACUGGAGCUACGCCAUACGCGUGCGAAACGGCAGCAGUCUAUGCCGUGCGGCGACGCGAAGAUUUUUUUUACGAUGAGCGAACGACGGCCACAUCCUGCAGGGAGUUGUUGAUAUUUUGUUUGGCGCAAACGGUGCACACACCCGUCUACAAGGGUGUUUUUAUGGAAAUUCGUAGAGAAAUGGGAGCAUUGUAGAUCGAUGUGGUGUUAUCAUAUAUGCUUUUUCCGGUCGCGUGUACUAAUGUCGGUGGAUGUAAUGAUGACUAUUCAUAUGGGGGUGUAAUAUAUACAUAAGAUUUUAGUCCAAGACUCCAGUGUAUUAUACAAGUCUGUGAGAGAGCUUCUGCGCACACAAUGCUCAUGUGAUGGCUAUAAAGUGUAUUAUAUAUAUAUAUAUAAUGUGUAGAGUAAGUGGCAUGCAGUCCACGUGGCUUCCUCUCUGGGGCGGUAUGAUUGCAUAAUGUGCAAGAGCAUGUACCAGUUAAUAAUUUGGAGACCCGCCGGGAAGAUACGCGAUUGCACGGGCGAUCGGAUAUAAUGGUAGAAAGUACGUACUGCGUGUUGAGGGCAGUGCCGACCGAUCGAUGGAUCGAUCGAUCGCUCACUGCUAUUUUACCUGAUUUUAUUUAGGUGCGCUACAUUCACGAGGUUGAGUUUAAUAAAUAUAUUGAUAUUAUUCCA